AACUGAAAAAAAAAAAAUCUUGGAAAGAAGGAUGAGAAAGAAAAUACAGAAACCUGAAAGCUUUCGUAUAGGCCGCCUAAAAGAGAGAAGCUUGACGAUGAGAUGAGGUUGAUGAUGUGAAAAUGGCAAUGGCAGCUGCAAUUGGUAUUGGAAUUAAUAUUGGUUUCACUUCCUGUAAACGCCCCUUUGCUGCAAUUCGUCCCCCUCUUAUCUAUUGUUUUGCCAAGCUUCCUCGCAUUAGCUCACUUUCUGCUGUUGAAUCACCCAAAGCCGAUGCAUAUCCAGCCCUUCCUGCAGCUUCUGUUAAUGGAGGUAUUAAUUGCAAAGCACAAGAAUGGAAGACGUGGAGCUCUAAAGAAUUGGGCAUCACUAAUUCCAUGAUUGACAAACCUACUCAAUUUGUUCUCAAAACCCUCAAAAAGAAAGGAUAUGAGGUAUACCUUGUUGGAGGAUGCGUGCGCGAUCUCAUCUUGAAGAGAAUUCCCAAGGAUUUUGACGUUAUCACUUCUGCUGAGCUCAGAGAGGUUGUUCGUAGCUUUUCUCACUGUGAAAUUGUUGGAAAGCGAUUUCCUAUUUGUCAUGUCCAUGUAUCAGAUUCUAUUAUAGAGGUGUCAAGUUUUAGUACUGUUGCAAGGAAGUCAAGGAAGAAUUUCAAUAGUCUUUCAAAAAGGCCUCGAGGCUGUGAUGAGCACGAUUACAUUCGCUGGAGAAAUUGUGUUCAACGAGACUUCACAAUUAACGGGCUGAUGUUUGAUCCUUACUUAAAGUUAGUAUAUGACUAUAUUGGUGGUGUUGAAGAUAUUAAAAGAUCUAGGGUGCAUACAGUAAUCCCUGCAUUUUCAUCUUUUACAGAAGAUUGUGCUCGCAUUUUACGUGCUUUUAGAAUUGCUGCACGCUUAGAGUUUAAAUUUACAAAAGAACUUGCACUAUCUUUGAAAGAAUUAUCUCUCUCGGUGCUAAGACUUGACAAGGGAAGGAUCCAUAUGGAGAUGAAUUAUAUGCUGGCUUAUGGAUCUGCUGAAGCUUCUAUAAGGUUACUGUGGAAGUAUGGCCUUUUAGAGAUACUAUUACCCUUACAAGCAGCAUAUUUUGUUUCCCAGGGUUUUCGAAGGAGAGACAAAAGGUCUAACUUGCUUCUGUCUUUGUUUUCAAAUCUGGACAAACUCCUAGCACCAGAUCGACCAUGCCAUAGCAGCUUGUGGGUAUGCUUAUUAGCAUUUCACAAAGCAGUGGCUGACCAACCACAGGAUCCUUUGGUUGUUGCUGCAUUCUGUCUAGCUGUCCACAAUGGUGGUUCUUUAUAUGAAGCUGUAAACAUUGCAAAGAGCAUCAAUCGACCACAUGAGUCAAGUUUCCAUGAAUUACUUGAACAUCAGACACAAAAUGUGGAUGUGAAUGUGAAUUUGGUAAAUGAUGUCAAAGAUCUUGCUGCUGCUGUUAAAACAGCAUUGUGUCAGAUGACUGAUGAGACUAUCGUUUCCCAAGCAAUGGCAAAGUAUCCAAAGGCACCUUUUUCAGACAUGGUUUUCAUUUCAUUGGCAUUACAAUUGAGGACAGACAGGAUAAUAAGCUGUGUUACAAAGGGAAGGGAAAAGGGAUUUGUGCCAAAGCAUGGGACUAGGAUUAACUACGAGUCUUUGGCUAUUGGUAACUUGCAUGAAGUGCGAUUUAUGUUGUCAAGAAUUAUUUUCGAUACAAUUUAUCCACCACACUUGAACAAACAUGUCAAUGGAAAUUCAUUUUUACAUGAAUAAUAGAUUUUUAGAUGGUAGGAAAUUCUUUCUUCAGAGGAAUAUAUUUUUUUCUAAGGUAUCUUACUCUCUACUUCAAAGCCUACUAGACUUUGUUUAAUA